AUGGCGCUACAGCUGCAGGCCGCGGCUCCGUGUCCGCCCCUGCCACUCGCCGCCUCACGCGGCCGCCUCGCUGCGCCUAGGCCUCCACCUCCCUUUGUCAGCAUAGCUGUCGCUGCCUCCUCUAGCCCGGGCUCCUCCGCGCGCCUCCCGUGCCGUGGCCCGAAGCCUCGCUGGCGGCGUGAAAGCGUGAGGGUGCGCGCUAGUGCCGACGGCGGCGGGCGGAGGGAGUCCCCGUAUGAGGUGCUUGGCAUGUCGCCGUCGGCGGCGCCCAACGAGAUCAAGCGCGCGUACCGGCGCCUCGCGCUCAAGUACCACUCAGACGUCAACAAGGAGCCCGAUGCUCAGGAGAAGUUUCUGCGGAUCAAGCACGCUUACAACACUCUGAUGAACUCAGAGAGUCGAUCCAAGUACGCGAGCAGCAGUUCAGAUUCGUCCUGGUCCUCCAGCUCCAGGGAGAGCAAAUCAGCUGCUGCAGAAGAGCCGUUCUAUGGAUUUGCGGAUUUCCUUAAAGAUCUGCAAGCAGAAUUCCAGAACUGGGAAGCUGGGUUGAAUUCAAAUCAGAAACCUAAAAGCCUUUGGGAAGAGUUAGCUGCAAUUGGCGAGGAAUUCGUAGAAUUUCUGGAAAAUGAAUUGAAGAUUGAUGACUCCAGCCCUGAGGACGUCACUAGAAAUGACCCAUACACCCAGUUUGGACAGCAGGCAAAAAAUGCUAAGGACAACAAGACAUCAACAAACAGCUUUGAUGAUGGUCUCUCUGAAAUAGAGGCCGCUCUCGAGAAGCUGAAGAAGGAACUUGGACUGGGAUAA